CAGGUCAUAUCAUCGGACGAGCAACAUGAACGGCAUCGCCAGGAGCGUCAUUCGACUUCCGAGUUUGAAGAAUCUCGUGAAGCCGGGCAAGUUGAGCGCCGCGAACGCACAAACGGGAAGGUCGUUAUGGAGCCAAGUGCAGCAGCAGCCGCCAAAGGUCCUCACGGCGUCGUCGAGCCUCGUCGGGACCCGGGAGCAGCGGCCCUGCACGUGUCUCUCCUGUCGAUUCGCCCACACCAAAGCCGAGAAGGAGCUCGUUGAAUUCCUGGCCGAGGAGAUCGUCGCGGAGAAGAAGGCGCAGAAGCUGAAGACUAUUCCGACGGAGAUAAAAGACUUUAAAGUGUCGCUUAAUGGUGCCGAAGUCACACUUACGAAAACAACGAGCACGGAAAGAAUCACGAUAUCCUUUAACAUAAACCACACGGUGGACUCGGAAUCCAGUUCGGAGGUCGAGUCGAAUGACGACAAGGGCGACGUCGGCGAAAUAAAGAGCAAGCCGAGUUUCGAGAUCGACAUCAGGAGGGGAAACCAGACUCUAUCGUUCGGCUGCUCGUUUAACAGCGAGCCCGGAGCCUCGGGAAUGGACGACUCUUACAGCGAUAUCUUUGGUAUUGACGAGAUAACACUUUACGAGGGAGAGCACGUGGAAACAGUUUACUCGGUUGCUGGUGAAAUCAUCGAUGGGUACCUCUACGACCUUCUCAUGAAUUAUUUGGAGGAGAAAGGCAUUUCCAAUGAAUUUGCCGAGCAAAUGGUCGAGCUAAGUACAAACUACGAGCACACUGCGUACAUUGGCCUGCUGGAAGGCCUAUCCAAAUUUACAACAAAAUAAUUGCUAAUUCGCUUAAGUUCCGAUUUCAUACAUAGAAUGUAAAAGCUGUAUUUUUAUCAUUAGGAUGUUAAGAAUUGCUAAUAAAAGUAACUAGAAAAUCAAAAGCCUUGUGCGAGAGAUACUUCUUUGAUAUAAGAGUUUGAUUAAGCUAGGAUAUAAUAAGCUCGUAAAUUCACACUUAUAAAUAAUCGCUUUAUAUUUGAACUGUACAUAAUAUUAAGAUAAAAGCUAAUAGACCGGAGCACAUUUGUUCAACACAAGUCGCAUCAAUAAAAUCCUUACAUUUUG